AUGUUGGCCAGCCAGCAGUCGCUCCUGCAAGGUGCAAACGGACCGAAUGCGCCAGCCGGUCGCACGGUUUAUGUGGGCAACCUCCCUGCUGACGCUUCUGUCGAUGAGCUCCUCAGUCUCGUCAAAUUUGGCCCCAUCGAAAAUGUCCGCGUGCUGCCGGAGAAAAAUUGCGCGUUCAUCUCCUUCCUGGAAGGUGCGACUGCUGCGGCCUUCCACGCUGACGCAUCUGUCAAGAAGUUUACCUUGCAUUCUAACGAGCUCAAGAUCGGCUGGGGCAAGCCGUCUCCCUGCCCUGCCCAAGUCAUACUUGCAGUGCAGCAGCAUCAGGCAACGCGCAACGUCUACCUCGGCUCGCUCGAUGACGACACGACGGAAGAGUCACUAAGAGACGACCUCUCCCGCUUUGGGCCUAUCGACCAGGUCAAGAUCGUUCGCGACAAGAACAUCGGCUUUGUCCACUUCCUGUCCAUCAACACGGCAAUGAAGGUCGUCACGACUCUCCCCACUGAGGAGGGUUGGCAGAACAAGCGCGUCAACUAUGGCAAAGAUCGAUGUGCGUACAUUCCAAAGAGCCAGCAGCAGAAUCAGGCACACAACCACCAGGCUGCCGCCAUGGGGCUGGCAGCUGCAGCCAGUCUGGGAUACCCGACGGCGCUCACCGCCCUGCCUGGCCAAUUCGGUGCUUUUGGCACCAACCAAGGCUUCGUCGACGAAAGCGGUCGGCCGCAGACGGGCGCCGCGUUUGGCAUAGGCCCAGCGGCGACCAACAACACAGCAGCGCUGUCGCAGAUGGGCAAUCGAACAGUCUACCUAGGAAACAUACAUUCAGAAACGACAACGGAAGAUAUCUGCAACCAUAUUCGAGGUGGCAUUCUGCAGAACAUCCGAUUCAUACCCGAAAAGCACAUCGCAUUCGUCACCUUCGUCGACCCUAAUGCCGCUCUCGCCUUUUUUCACCUGGCCUCCUACUCCGGAGUCAUGAUCCACAACAGACGCCUCAAAAUCGGCUGGGGAAAGCAUUCAGGACCGCUGAGCCCGGCCAUCGCAAUGGCCGUACAGGCAGGUGGCUCAAGGAACGUCUACGUCGGCAACAUCGACAAUCCAGAUGUCCUGACCGAGGAGAAGCUGCGUAGAGACUUUGGCGACUUUGGCGAGGUCGAGCAGGUCAACAGCUUGCGCGAGAAGAAUUGUGCAUUCGUCAAUUUCUGCAACAUACAGAAUGCCAUCAAAGCUAUCGAGGCGAUGAAGAACCACGGCGAGUACCAGAGCGUCAAGAUCGCCUACGGGAAGGACCGCUGCGGAAACCCCCCACGCAGCGUACCCCAAAAUCACCCUCGCAAGGCGAGCAUCGCCAAGCAAAGCUCGCCGUCGCCAAAUGUCGAGGGCGAUGGCACUCAAACCCAAGAGAACGGCGCCGGUGCUUCGGCAGAGGAAGGGCAUACCAGCGGCGACGCGGACGAACGUGCCGCAGCAGGUGCUGUGGCGGGCGCUGACGACUCUGUCGAGUAG